AUGGAGAUGUCUGAUGUCCUCGAUGACGAAACGACUGAGCGUCUAUACGAUGAGCAUGACCACGAAAUCGAAAUGUUUGUGGAGGAUGAGUCCGACAGGCCUCAGGAAGAGGCAGAGCCUGAGGACCUCGAUAAUGCAACGACUGAACGUCUAUAUGAUGAGUAUGACCACGAAAACGAAAUGCAUGUGAGGGAUGCAUACGACAGACCUCUGGAAGAGGAAGAGAUGGAGUCUGAUGACCUCGGUGACGAAACAAUUGAAGCGAUUGAGCGUGUAUACGACGAGAUUGACCACGAAAAGCUCAUGAAGGACAAAUACGACGGGCUUCUAGAAGAGGCGGAAGCUAGACAAUACGAAUACGACACCAACUUGUCGUCAGAAAUGGUAGACCUUCACAAGCAACGCGAUGCCCUUGAAAGAGGAUUGAGAAUCAUCACUCGUCGUCUGAUGUUCCAGCGAAUGCAAAGUCACCCCAGAGAACUUCGCGAUAUGGUCUAUGAAAGAAUAUUCGAGGACUCAUAUAUCAAGCUAGAGGCGGAGCAAAACGAAGAAGUCGAUCCAACCCACCAUCCAUGGGGAUGCUCGAUCAAACCCAGAAGCUGCAUCUCUUACGGCGAUCGGAUAGAUUUCGAGCUCUACGCUGCCGACGCUGCUAACGAUGCGAUGAAGCUUGAGCUAGCUCAAGCAUGGUACGAAGCGACGACUUUCUGGACUGCAGAUCCCUGCACCAUCGCUUCCUCCCUGUCCCGAUUCAAAUGGAGUGCUGGUCUAGAGAAGGCGCCACUCGACUUGAUCAAACACGUCGAAAUCUGGAUUCCUGUUGAAAAUCCCCGGGAUACUGCUAAGGAGACGACUAUCUUGGAGAGAUUUGAGUCUCUGUUCCAGCUCAACAAGCAAACGACCAUUACGAUAGCUCUACAAGACCUCUGUUCAUUCAUGGUCUUCAACAGCACCGGUAACAGCACAUACAUUAAUGGCCUGGAAAAGUACGCGGAGCGGGUAGAAUAUUUGCUUGAACCGUUGGCGCGCCUUAGAGGUGCGGGAUACAAAGUCGUAGUUCGAGCAGAGCAGGGCUUGAACUUCGUGGUUGAGCCGGAGGAGACUAAUCUGGGAGAGUGGACCAAGAAAAUCCGUGCGGCUAUCAUCAAGGAGAUUCCAAACCGAUCCUGGGCUUCGCAGGCUGGGAUGGAAGCCGUACGGGUUGUAUAG